UGAAUUUUUCGUUCGACAAGUUUCAAUUCGAUCCUACGCAUAGAUUCCAUUUUCAUUGAUAAAAUUAAUACUCUAUCUGACAAAAUAACAGUUUUACGCUCAAUUAAUAAUUUGCUGAUCACAGUAUAUGCACUAUUAUUCGAGUAUGUGCCUUAGCAGAUUACGAAAACGGCAAAGGAAAAUUACAAUGAAUAUUUCUGGUUAGAUCGUUCGUCAAAACAAAAGGAUGACGUUGGAUGUGAUGAUUGGAGUUGUAAUAGUUCACGUGCUGGCUUGUUGGUUAGUUCAUAUAUCCAGAAAAAGACAUUUCAAUAACAUUGGAACUGGCAAUUCAAGCAAAAAAUAAGAGAUUACAUGAUAUUUUGAAUUUGAAUAAUAUUAUCAGAAUUUACAAUCAGUCAUACUUGAGGCUCGAAGCAUAAAUAACAUACUUGAUUUAUGCUCGAAGUUACAACGGGCGGCAUAAAAGUAGCGCAACGAUUCCAUAACUAAUCGAGUUAUCAUAACAUUUCUAUCUGUCCAACGUUGGAUCCGCUCUAGUACGAAAAAAUACAGAGAUUUCGACAGACUAAAAUCAUAACAAAACUAUGCAAAAAAAAUCAAAACCAAUUCGAAAAACAAACGAGUAAGCUGAAUUAAUGGAGAUUUGGAAUAAUUCUAUGAAUUGGAAAUGACCCAAAUCUAAUGACUUUAAGAAAUUGAACAUCGAGCAGAAGAUAGUAGCUAUAAUCAAUAAUUGCUCAGUGCAAAACUCAAGGUUUCGCUAUGAGUGAAUCGGAGACACCAGUGUCAAAAAAGCCUAAGAUAAUCGAAGAGGAGAUCACUUUGACCGAAAUAAAGUCCAUCUUAUCGGACGAGUUUUAUGAAUCAGUUCAAUUAGCAGACGUUUAUGUUGGUAACGUUGGCGACUCUCGACACAUAUCCAAACUAGUUCCAGAACUGAACCGUUGCCUGCCGAUUCCGAGGUUGCAUCAUUUGAAACGGGUUGAUCGUGAUGGAAUGAUUAUUCUCGCAGAAUUUGACCACUUACAAGAACUGCUGAAGCUCAAACCGCGUUCGGAGACGCCUGCUGAAGUCAAUGAUCUCGCGAAGGAUGAAACCUACGACGCUUAUGUUGGUUGUUGUCUGGCCAGAUAUUUUAGGCAACAAAAUGUUAAUGAACUGUUAGUGGAUAAUCUUUGCCGUGUUAUCGUUAGACGGCAAGUUGCACGAUAUCCGCCUAAGUUAAGAUGGCAAUACGAGAAUGCCAAUCCAUAUUGGCCUUGUAAGUUUCAUCCCAACAAAGAAUCAGAGAGCUUAUACAUGAACACCAUUUUCAACAGCUCCGAAAAAUCCUAUCACUUGCGGAUAAUGAAUGCAUGUUUGUAUCUAAUGAAAAGGUUUGAAAAUAAACCAUUCGGCAUAUGUGUUAAUCCGCAGCUCAAUCGAGUCGCUGCUAUCGGUGUUGGUAAAAGUGAAGAACAUCCGAUAAUGCACUGUCCGAUGGUGUUAAUUGAUAAUGUGGCGGUUUCGCAAAAUGGAGGCGCAUGGCGAGCACGUUAUCGAAGUUCUUUACCGGCCGAAGGUGAUUGGAAUCUUGAUGGUGUUGACUCUGAGUACAUGCGACUGUUGAACGAUAAGUUCUUUGAUAUCAAAUUUGGUGCGCAACCUGUGAAAGAAUCAACCACAUACAUUGAUGACGAUAUUUCCCAACACGCAGACAAUUUAACCAAGUACGGGCCUUAUCUCUGUACAGGGUAUGAUGCAUAUUUGACACACGAACCCUGCAUUAUGUGUGCUAUGGCUCUGACGCACAGCCGAAUAAAACGUGUUUUUUAUCACCUUCAAUCAGAGAAAGGAGCUUUAGGAUCCAUUACUAAAAUGCACUGUGUAAAAGAUCUUAACCACCAUUAUUUAGUUUUUAAAAUUUCAUGAUAAUCUAAUUGUGAUAUAAUGAAUAGGGUUAUUAAAAUGUAAUAUUUUUAAUUUUCGGCAUUUGAA